CGCGAGUCACGUGGUGCGCGUGUCGAAGGUCACGGCGCGCUCACAAUGGAGCUCUCGGAGUAUGUGCAGAGAGGCUUCCAGACGCUGGCGGACCCCGGCUCGUUUGACUCCAACGCCUUCGCGCUUCUCCUCCGGGCGGCUUUCCAGAGCCUGCUGGACGCCCGGGCGGACGAGGCCGCGCUAGAUCACCCAGACUUGAAACAUAUCGACCCAGUGGUUUUAAAGCAUUGUCAUGCAGCAGCUGCAACUUACAUCCUGGAGGCAGGAAAGCACGGAGUUGACAGAUCCACUCUCAGCACUUACCUAGAAGACUGUAAAUUUGAACGAGAGCGAAUAGAACUGUUUUGCACUGAGUAUCAGAAUAAUAAGAAUUCUCUAGAAAUCCUACUGGGAAGUAUAGGCAGAUCUCUCCCUCAUAUAACUGAUGUUUCUUGGCGGUUGGAAUAUCAGAUAAAGACCAAUCAACUUCAUAAGAUGUACCGACCUGGAUAUUUGGUGACCUUAAAUGUAGAGAGCAGUGAUGCCCAGUCCAACCCAGAGAUUAGUUUUAGUUGCAGCAUGGAACAGUUACAGAUUGUGACAUGAGCUGUACAUUUUUUAGGACUUGGUGGGCAAACUUAAGGAUGCUUCAAAAAGCCUGGAAAGAGCAACUCAGUUGUGACUUGGGGAGGCUGACGACCCCCAGAGCCUAGAGGAAAACCAGAGCGCCUUGUCUCCUGCAGGACCGUCGCUUGAGCGAGCUGGAUGUCAUUUUCAGUGGCAAAAGAGCUCCCUUUUGAAGUCAUGCCAAUCUAUUUUGACACCUUUUACACAUGUGAAAUGGUUGAGAGGGCAACUCUUGAGCAUUUGAAUUUCCAGUAUUGGUCGCGAACUCCCUCUCUGCUGAGCGUUUCCAGCCCUCUCAGGGUACGGAGCCCCGAAUAAACGAGGUGGCAUUCCCCAAGAA